GGCAACGUACCUCCUAACCUGUGCCACCAUCCCGGGCCAGAAAAAAAACUGCCUGAGCCGUUCUAUGGUCCUCUUCAUGCCCCCAUGCAUAGCCGCGUCGCUCUCAUGGGCCUGCUGUAUAAGGGCUGCGGACACAGGACGCGGUACCCAAAGCUUCCAGGAAAAUUCCUCUCGCUCGGGCCGCGUGAACUGCGCCCGCUUAUACAACAGCCCAUCCUCCACGCGUAAAUCCGGAAAUAGCUCCGCGUUCUCCCGCACUUGCUUCAGCCGCUCGGUAUACUCCGCACCUUCGAACUCGGUUGUCUCGAAGUCAAAAAAAUCAACUUCCUCCAGUUCGAAAGGCCGUGAGAGGGGCCAACGACCACCGCGCUAAUCGACCGUCCAACUCCUUCAAUGACAUCAGCCACCGCAGGCUGGCGUGAUCAGUCACCACCUUAAACGGCAUCAAUUCAACGUACGGCCGGAAUCUUUCGACCGCUUUUACUGCAGCCAGGCAUUCCUUCUC